GCCUCGGGCCUGGGCUGCAGGGACGUGGGGAAGGGGGCCUCCGCCGGGGUUUGAGUCACGCACCGCCCUGUCCCCGACCCGCUGUGUGACCUUGGGCAAGUCUCUGCCGGUCUCUGAGCCUCAGCAGCAUCAGCUGUGAACUGGGGAGGGUCGUCCGCCGAGAGUUAGUACAAUUGGAGGUUCUGAGAACGAGCCCCUGCCUGCCUCUUUUAUAGUCGCUUUGCCCAGGACAUUGACGCGAACCGUGAAUGGCGGGGAUGCUUCUCACUCUCUGAGUGACCUUGGGUGAGUCCCUUGCUCUUUCUGGCCCUUUUUCUUCAUCUACAAAACGAGUGGACUAACCUCGUUUAAGAUCGUCACACUAUUUGGGUGUUCUAGGUUUAGAUGGAGACAAGGUAAUGAGCGUCCCGUUCACUGCAAGUCUUUAGAGGUUGAGAAAGAGACUAUCGUCCUGGAGUUUGGAUUAGACCCUGGUUCGAAUUCCUCUGAGUUCCCAGAUUCGGUGAUUCUAUUUGUUCCCAUCACUGCUUGUAAUUGGAGGAGCGAUUUCUUCCAAGGAUUGGCGCUCCCUCUCAAUUGAGCGACGCGGGUAUUUUCACUGGCCUAAAAUCAAAGAGCAUUUGCAAGGAAAAGUCUGACAUUCCAGCCUUUUUGUUUGUGUAUCAAAGGCAGGAAGGCAAGAUGACUUCUCUCCCUCUGGCUUGGAACAGCUGAAAGAAACAACAGUGCAAGAUGAGAACAACAAAGGUCUACAAACUCGUCAUCCACAAGAAGGGCUUCGGGGGCAGUGAUGAUGAGUUAGUCGUGAACCCUAGAGUGUUUCCUCACAUCAAGCUCGGAGAUAUUGUUGAGAUUGCUCAUCCCAACGAUGAAUACAGUCCCCUACUUUUGCAGGUCAAGUCACUUAAGGAAGAUUUACAGAAAGAAACAAUUAGCGUGGACCAGACUGUGACUCAAGUGUUCCGACUGAGACCUUAUCAGGAUGUCUAUGUGAAUGUUGUAGACCCCAAGGAUGUAACCCUUGACCUAGUGGAAUUAACAUUUAAGGAUCAAUAUAUUGGCCGUGGAGAUAUGUGGCGACUGAAGAAAAGUUUGGUCAGCACAUGUGCCUACAUCACCCAGAAGGUGGAAUUUGCUGGCAUCAGAGCACAGGCUGGUGAACUGUGGGUCAAGAAUGAGAAGGUCAUGUGUGGUUAUAUCAGUGAAGAUACCAGGGUGGUGUUCCGUUCUACGUCGGCAAUGGUUUACAUAUUUAUUCAGAUGAGCUGUGAAAUGUGGGAUUUUGAUAUUUAUGGGGAUCUGUAUUUUGAAAAAGCUGUGAAUGGUUUCCUUGCUGAUCUCUUUACCAAGUGGAAGGAGAAGAACUGUAGUCAUGAAGUGACAGUGGUCCUAUUUUCUAGAACUUUCUAUGAUGCAAAAUCUAUUGAUGAAUUUCCUGAAAUAAACCGAGCCUCGAUUCGACAGGAUCAUAAGGGUCGAUUCUAUGAAGACUUUUACAAAGUGGUGGUGCAGAAUGAGAGAAGAGAAGAGUGGACUUCACUCCUUGUGACCAUUAAAAAACUCUUCAUCCAGUAUCCGGUGUUGGUGCGACUGGAACAGGCAGAGGACUUUCCUCAAGGAGACAAUUCUACCUCAGCACAAGGGAACUACCUUGAGGCCAUCAAUCUGUCGUUCAAUGUGUUUGACAAGCACUAUAUCAACCGCAACUUUGACCGGACUGGGCAGAUGUCUGUGGUGAUCACGCCUGGAGUUGGUGUGUUUGAAGUGGACCGCUUACUCAUGAUCUUGACCAAGCAGCGGAUGAUAGAUAAUGGAAUUGGAGUGGACUUGGUGUGCAUGGGGGAGCAACCAUUGCAUGCUGUCCCAUUGUUCAAGCUGCAUAAUCGGAGCACUCCUCGGGAUUCUCGUCCCGGCGAUGACUAUAAUAUUCCUCACUGGAUAAACCACAGUUUCUACACAUCCAAGAGUCAGCUCUUUUGUAACAGUUUCACCCCACGAAUAAAACUUGCAGGAAAGAAGCCUGCCUCUGAGAAAGCAAAAAAUGGCCGCGAUACAUCUCUUGGGAGUCCCAAAGAAUCUGAGAAUGCCCUGCCUAUCCAAGUAGAUUAUGACGCCUACGAUGCUCAAGUGUUCAGGCUUCCAGGCCCUUCCCGAGCUCAGCGCCUCGCCACCUGCAGGUCUGUGAGAGAGCGGGAAAGUCACAAUCGAAAGAGUGCUAGCUCUUGUGAUGUGUCAUCCAGCCCUUCCCUGCCGAGCCAGGCGUUGCCUGCAGAGGAAGUGAGGAGCCAGGCUUCUGAUGACAGCUCCCUGGGCAGGAGUGCCAACAUCCUGAUGAUCCCGCACCCCCACCUGCACCAGUAUGAAGUCAGCAGCUCCUUGGGUUACACCAGCACUCGAGACGUCCUGGAGAACAUGAUGGAGCCACCACAGCGAGACUCUAGCGCACCGGGGAGGUUCCACGUAGGCAGUGCGGAGUCCAUGCUACAUGUGCGGCCUGGUGGCUACGCACCCCAGCGAGCGCUGAUUAAUCCCUUUGCCCCCUCGCGAAUGCCCAUGAAGCUCACUUCCAACAGAAGACGCUGGAUGCACACUUUUCCUGUGGGACCAUCCGGAGAGGCCAUCCAGAUCCAUCACCAGACUCGACAGAACAUGGUGGAGCUGCAGGGCAGCAGGCAGAGGGACCUGACUCACUCCUCUGCAGAGCUGCUGGAGUUAGCAUACCAUGAAGCUGCUGGAAGGCACAACACUUCCCUCCAGCCUGGUGACGGCAUGUCCUUCUUGAACUUCAUUGGAACGGAAGAGCUUUCUGUCAGCCUGCUUAGCAACAGUGGUUCAGGUAUGAAUCCUAGGACCCAGAAUAAGGAUUCCCUAGAGGACAAUGUCUCUACCUCUCCAGACCCAAUUCUGACACUGUCUGCUCCCCCUGUAGUGCCAGGCUUCUGUUGCACAGUUGGAGUGGACUGGAAGUCUCUCACUACUCCGGCAUGCCUCCCCCUUACCACCGACUACUUCCCUGACCGCCAGGGCCUGCAGAAUGACUACACAGAAGGCUGUUACGAUCUCCUCCCAGAAACGGACAUGGACAGGAGGGACGAGGAGGGUGUGCAGAUGUCAGCUCAGCAGGUGUUUGAAGAGUUUAUCUGCCAGCGUCUCAUGCAGGGCUAUCAGAUCAUAGUGCAGCCCAGGGCACCAAGACCUGCCCCUGCCCUCCCACCACCACUGAGCAGCAGCCCACUCUAUAGCCGAGGCCUUGUGUCCCGAAACCGCCCUGAGGAGGAGGACCAGUACUGGCUGAGUAUGGGCAGAACUUUCCACAAAGUGACACUGAAGGAUAAGAUCAUCACAGUGACGCGAUACCUUCCCAAGUACCCUUAUGAAUCUGCCCAGAUCCACUACACCUACAGCCUCUGCCCUUCCCAUUCAGACUCAGAGUUCGUCUCUUGUUGGGUGGAAUUCUCACACGAGCGGCUGGAGGAGUAUAAGUGGAAUUACCUUGAUCAGUAUAUCUGCUCUGCAGGCUCUGAGGACUUCAGCUUAAUUGAGUCUCUGAAGUUCUGGAGGACCCGCUUCCUGCUGCUGCCAGCCUGUGUCACCACCACCAAGCGUAUCACGGAGGGGGAAACCCACUGUGACAUCUAUGGGGACAGGCCCCGGGCAGACGAGGAGGAGUGGCAGCUCCUGGAUGGCUUCAUCCGCUUCGUGGAGGGCUUGAACAGGAUCCGCAGGCGACAUCGCUCAGAUCGCAUGAUACGGAAAGGGACUACCAUGAAAGGCUUGCAGAUGACUGGACCCAUUUCCACACACUCGCUCGAGUCAGCUGGCCCCCCAGUUGGGAAGAAAGGAACCUCAGCUUUGUCUGCCUUGUUGGAGAUGGAGGCCAGUCAGAAGUGCCUAGGAGAACAGCAAGCAGCUGGGCCUGGUGGGAAGAGCUCUGCCCAGCCAGCGGAGAGCAGCAGCGUUGCCAUGACUCCCACCCACGUGGACAGCCCACGAAAGGAUGGGGCCUUCUUUAUGGAGUUUGUUCGCAGCCCACGCACAGCAUCGUCUGCCUUCUACCCGCAGGUGUCUGUGGACCAGACAGUUGCCCCGGUCUUAGAUGGUGCCGGUUUGGGGGUAAGCAGUGGCCAAUCUGUGGACAGAGGCAGCAGCCAGACCUUUGGGAACUCCCAGAAUGCAGGGGAACAGGGCUUCCCCUCCACAAACCCCAGUGACAGCAGCUCUCAGCAGCUGGCAGCAAGCUCCUUGACGUCCUCCUCUACCCUAGUGGAGAUCCUGGAGGCCAUGAAGCACCCCUCGACAGGAGUCCAGCUGCUCUCAGAACAGAAGGGCCUCUCGCCAUGCUGCUUCAUCAGCGCCGAGGUGGUGCACUGGCUGGUGAGCAACGUGGAGGGGGUCCAGACCCAAGCAAUGGCUGUUGACAUCAUGCAGAAAAUGCUGGAAGAGCAGCUGAUCAUGCACGCAUCUGGCGAAGUCUUGCGGACCUUCAUCUAUGGCUUCUAUUUCUACAAGAUAGUCAUGGACAAAGAGCCUGACAGAGUGUCCAUGCAGCAGCCUGCCACCUGGCACACAACAGCAGUGGAUGACUUCACCAGCUUCCAGCGGAAGUGGUUUGAAGUGGCCUUUGUAGCUGAAGAGCUCCUGCACUCUGAGAUUCCUGCCUUCCUCCUGCCCUGGCUGCCCAGCCGGCCAGCCUCCUAUGCAAGCAGGCACAGCUCCUUUAGCCGCAGUUUUGGAGGACGGAGCCAGGCAGCCGCACUUUUAGCUGCCACUGUCCCAGAGCAGAGGACUGUGACCCUGGAUGUCGACGUGAACAACCGCACAGACCGGCUAGAGUGGUGCAGCUGUUAUUACCAUGGCAACUUCUCCCUGAAUGCAGCUUUCGAGAUCAAGCUGCACUGGAUGGCAGUGACUGCGGCGGUGCUCUUCGAGAUGGUUCAAGGCUGGCAUCGAAAAGCCACCUCCUGUGGCUUCUUGUUGGUCCCAGUUUUGGAAGGUCCUUUUGCGCUGCCGAGUUACCUGUAUGGCGAUCCCCUCCGUGCCCAGCUCUUCAUCCCACUCAACAUCAGCUGCUUGCUCAAGGACGGCAGCGAGCACCUGUUUGAUAGCUUCGAACCAGAAACAUACUGGGAGCGAAUGCACCUUUUCCAGGAAGCCAUUGCACACAGGUUUGGGUUUGUACAAGAUAAAUACUCUGCCUCUGCUUUUAACUUUCCUGCUGAGAACAAGCCUCAGUACAUCCACGUUACAGGGACAGUGUUUCUGCAGCUGCCCUACUCCAAGCGCAAGUUCUCAGGGCAGCAGCGGCGGCGGCGGAACUCCACCAGCUCUACCAACCAGAACAUGUUCUGCGAGGAACGGGUCGGCUACAACUGGGCCUACAACACCAUGUUGACCAAGACAUGGCGCUCCAGUGCCACAGGGGAUGAGAAGUUUGCUGAUCGGCUGCUGAAGGACUUCAUGGACUUCUGUGUCAACCGAGACAACCGGCUUGUCAUGUUCUGGAUGAGCUGCCUGGAGAAGAUGCAUGCCAGUGCCCCGUGAAGCCAGGCUGCCCAAGGGGUGGAAGGUGGGGCACUGGCUGGGCCUUGCUGGGCAAGGGACGGGGCAUAGAGGAUCCAGGGACUGCUGUUGAUAUUCAGUAGGAUCCAGUCAGGCUCUCAGUGGGGUCCCAUAUUGCUGCUGACAGGGAGUGGGGGCCAUUGCUUCUUUUUGAUCCCCCUCUCUCCUUACAAGUAUUUUUCCACUUGAGCAGAAAGACUUUGGAUGCAGCUGUUGCCACCGCCACCACCCAAAUUGAGCCAUCGUGCACUGAGAGCAGGUGGGAGGCAAGAUUGUCCACGGGAGGGCUGCAGUGGCUGGAGAGCAGGGCCAGCAGCCACCAAGAACAUCCUUGGAGAGGGCAGCUCCUGUCAGUGUCCUUUCCCUCCACCAUCUGUGGGACAUUCAGAGCAGAAUCUGCUGCUUCCUGCCCAGGAGUGUGCACAAGUGUAAGAUAAUUUUGUGAAAUAGUGUACCAUAGGCUCACACCAACUGUAUAUACCUGUAAAUACCAGAACAGGAAUAAAGCUCCAUGUGCUGCAGCCUCUUUGUCCCCAGGCUGGCCUCUGACUACCGCAGUCACAUCCCCAUCUGGCCCUCACGCCAUGUCGCAGGGCCAUCGUGGUCAAGGAAAUAGCCACAUACAGCAAGGAGCACUUUAUAAUAUACUGGUUUAGAGAGUCUGGCUGUGAGUUUACUGAAAGAUUUCUUUUCUCAGGUCCUUGGGCAGGGGCAAGGAUAAUUUUGAUCAGGACUGGUGAGCAGAUAGCACAAUCUACCAGGUAAUCACAGACUCAUGCUGUUGGCUGUGUACCUUGCCAACUCUCAGGUCCAGCCAUCAUAGAAUUCUGAGAAAAAUCAGAGGAAAACCUGUGUCAAAUGUCCUAAGUUUGGGUACCACUGCUUAACAGGAUAAGACUCAGCAUGGUGCCUAACCCCAGCACCUUGCCCCUAACCUGCCCAGGCUAGAUUGAGAACCCGGCAGCUACUGCCACUUCUUCCUCCUCCAUCUUGCAGCCCUGUGGUUCUACCUCCUCUUCGUUCCAGCACUCUGUUGCCACUCUCAGCCCUCUACCAUCUUUUUCUUGUGUCUCUGGACCAGCCCCCUAACUUGUCUCUCAACUUUCACUCCACCCCAUUCUCCUGUUGGCAGCCAGCAGAGUCUUGUUAAAAAGCAAUCCGAUGUGCCCACCAUUUAUUCAGAACUCUUCAGUGACUCGAAUUUCAACAAUUUUAGGUGCAGGCCAUGCAGCCCUGUGUGAGCUGGUCCCUCGCUGCUUCUCCAGCCACCCUGGUCCUCAUGCAGGCCCUUGAACAUUGUAGACUUGUUCCCCACUCAUAUCCUUCCCUGGACACCCUUCCUCUCCUCGCCCACUCUGCCUCGUUAACUCUUGGUCAUCAUCCAUCAACUCUUGGCUCAAAUGGCACUUCAGAGAAGCAGAGUGGGAGAACCUGUUGGAUCUUCCCAGAGAACCUCAAACUCUUCCAACAUAACACUCAGCACAUUUACAGUCUU